AUGCUAAACACUGGAAGAUUAUUUGUUAAACCGUUGAAGAUCGUGCGCCAAAUUUCGACGGCGCCAAAAAAAACCGCUGAUCUCCCUAAAUAUGACCUUGUAAUUGUUGGAGGUGGUAUUGUGGGGUGUGCGACAGCUCGCCAACUUCUUAUUGAACGACCUGAGCUGAAAAUUGCUUUAAUUGAAAAAGAAUCUAAGUUGGCAUACCAUCAAUCGGGUCAUAACAGUGGUGUAAUUCAUGCUGGAAUUUACUACACUCCAGGAACAUUGAAAGCCAAAUUAUGUGUAGAAGGAAUGGGUCUUGCAUACAAAUUCUUUGACGAAAACAAUGUGCCAUACAAAAAAUCAGGCAAAUUGAUUGUUGCUGUUGAAGAAGAGGAGCUUCCAAGGCUUGAUCAAUUGUUUGAAAGAGCUAAGAAAAAUGGUUGCAGAGAUAUUGAGAUGAUAUCUGCUGAUCGAAUAAAAGAAUUUGAACCAUACUGCAAGGGUCUAAAAGCAAUUUGGUCACCGCAUACAGGAAUUGUUGAUUGGGGAUACGUGACUCAGCGAUUUGGAGAAGAUUUUGAGAAUCGCGGUGGAAAGAUUUUUGUGAAUACUCCACUAGUGAAAAUUGACGACAAUUCGGAUCCGGAAUAUCCAAUUAGGAUCAUUAGUAAAAGUGAUAUUGCAGAGUUUGAAACAAAAAAUUUAAUUUCAUGCGCUGGAUUACAUUCUGAUAGAGUCGCGAAUUUGUCCGGAGGAUCUAAGGACCCAAAAAUCGUGCCAUUUCGUGGCGAAUACCUUCUUUUGAAACCGGACAAAAGGCAUUUGGUCAAAACCAACAUUUACCCAGUGCCAGAUCCUCGAUUUCCAUUUCUCGGAGUUCAUUUCACUCCAAGGAUGAAUGGUGAUAUUUGGCUUGGUCCGAACGCUGUUCUCGCUUACAAAAGAGAAGGAUAUUCAUAUUUCAGUAUUUCUCCCAGUGAUCUUUUAGAAUCGUUAACCUUCAGUGGGAUGCGCAAGCUGAUGGGAAAAUACUUGUCGUUUGGACUUCAAGAAUUCUAUCGAGGAGUUUGGAUAUCUGCACAAGUUAAGCAGUUGCAACGAUUUAUUCCGGAAUUAGAAGUCAGUGAUGUCGUUCGAGGACCAUCAGGUGUUCGAGCGCAAGCAUUGGACAGCGAAGGAAAUCUUGUCGAUGAUUUUAUAUUCGACAGUGGAACGGGAAAACUCUCACCGAGAAUUCUUCACGUUCGCAAUGCGCCAUCUCCUGCCGCAACAAGUUCUCUUGCCAUUGCAAAAAUGAUUAGUAAUGAGGCUCUUAACCGUUUCAGCAUAUAG